AUGGCAGGCUCCUCUGCAUCAUCGGCGAAGCCUCCCAGGCCACCUAAUGCCUGGAUCCUCUUUCGUUCAGACAUGGUCCGCAUCAUGCCCAAGCCUGCGAAUGGAUCUUCCCAGCAGUCGGUCGUGUCCAAGGCCAUCUCAAAGCUGUGGGCGGAGGCAGAUCCAGCUAUCAAGCACGAGUACGAGCGACGAGCCGAGAUCAGGAAGCAGGAGCAUCACGAAAUGUAUCCUAAUUAUCGUUUUCAGCCAGUGAAGAAGGAGGACAAGGAGCGCCGAAAAGAAGAGGACAGGCAGGCCAAGGAGCGUAAUCGUCGCUCAGGCCGCAAGGCUCGUGGUUCUAAUCGUUAUGAACCGUACCCGACCGCCAGCACCUCCGCCGUCACGACCGGGCCUUUCCCUUAUCCCAUUCCCCACUUCUUUCCCCUCGGUACCCAAAGUUACCACCACGGUCCCCUGGGCCCGACACCACCCAUGUCGGCAGCUCCAUCCCCCUCCCCCGAAAAUUCGCCACUAGAGGUCUCUGAAGACCAUCGUGUUGCUCACCAACAGACGUACGAGACCGUCAAUAAUGUUUCUUCGGCUCCCUCGUCUUCGACGACGAGUGGCAUCGUCCCGGCCAUGCUGCUCCGAAGUUCGAACGACGCACCCCAGGAACUGUCUCUACCGUCAUCACAGGCGCCUGCGCCACAGUUACCGCCUUCGCCGCCUCCAGCGCCAUCGCACGAUGACCGAUGGAACGAUCCUACAUUCGAUGACUCCCUCCAGGCGUUGUUGACGUCAACUGAUGACCCUUCUAUAUUCACCCUAUCUCACUUUGGCGAAUUUCCAGACCAUGCGACGCUGGACGCCGUGGCACUGCCGAUGUAUGACCCCAACGCGUUCAACUUUGACUUGGGAAACAUGUCAUCGCAAUCGACCGAUCCUUUCCCCCAAUCCGACGAGGGGAUGUUAUCAUCCCUCGGCUCUUCGCAUUCGACUCAAUAUAAUCUGGAAGACUACAUCAAUUUCGACCAGUAUGAGCCCAGCCCCCCUCAAAACCUCCCUCCUUCUCCCCCCACUGAACUUUCAGUUAAACAGCCAUACCAGCCUCCGUCAGGUGCAGCUCUUUCGGCAUCUCGACGCGUUGCGGGGAGCUGGAAGCAGCCUUUUGUGCGAGGAUCAUCCCCCGACAUUACGCCUCUUCCCUAUGGAGUCUCGGCCAAUUAA